UCCUCUCAUCACACUUCCAGUGGAUCACAGUGACAGAAAUGUGGAGAACCUUCCUCUGUCUCCUCCUCGUACUCCAGUCCAGUUCAGCUGAAGAAGUGAUGCUCCUGGACACUACUGAAUCCACGUCUGAACUUGGCUGGACAACUUAUCCUGAUACUGGAUGGGACGAAGUGAGUGUGCUCGACGACAAGGGCAAGCUCAUCCGCACCUUCGAGGUGUGCAACGUCAACCAGAACCCCCGUCUCCAGGACAACUGGCUGGCCACGCCCUUCUUGUACCGCCAGUCUGCUCCACGGAUCUUCGUCACGCUGCGCUUCUCUGUGCGCGACUGUGCUAGUCUACGCUCCCCCUCCCCAACCUGUCGGGAGACGCUGACGCUCUACUACAAACAGGCCGACUCCCAGAGGGAGCUGGAGAGGACCUGGGCCGCAGAGCCUUCCAGUGGGGAGACCAGAGAGGGCUGGGUGAAGAUAGACACUAUCGCGGCCGACAAAAGCUUCAGCCGCGUGGAGCCCAGUCUUCCUCACCAGUACAAUCCGGAGAGAAUGCAGCGCGUCAACGUCAAGACCCGUAGCUUUGCACCUCUCACGCGCCUCGGGUUUGUUCUGGCUAUAGUGGACAGUGGAGCGUGCGUGUCACUCAUGGGUGUGUCUGUAUUUUACCGCCGCUGUCCAGCAGUGAGUCGUUAUCUGGCCUCCUAUUCAGCCACGCCCUCAGGAGCAGAGCCUACAGCUCUGGUGCCGGUGACCGGGACUUGUGUAGCUCACAGCCAAUCACAAGGUGGGACAGCGCCCCGGAUGCACUGUAACGCAGAAGGUGAAUGGAUGGUGCCUGUGGGAAAGUGCACGUGCGAUGCAGGAUAUGAACCAAGUCAAAACAGCUCCGCCUGCCUUGCCUGUCCAGUGGGCACCUAUAAGGCCUCCGCAGGUUCGGCUCCCUGCAUAAGGUGCCCAGCUAACAGCAGGACGGGUCUGGAGGCCUCUGAAGAGUGUGAGUGCCGUAGCGGGUUCUACCGGGCACCAGGUGACGCCAGCACCACUGCCUGCACGGGACCCCCCUCUGCUCCUGUCUCUCUGUCGUGGGAGUAUGAGAGCUCUAAAGGAGGGGUGGCUCUGUACUGGAAGCCCCCACAGGACAUGGGCGGUAGGAGCGAGGUGUGGUAUGGCGUGGUGUGCCGCAUCUGCCCCGCCGCCAAAAACAGCCCCUCCAGCGUCUGCUCGUGGUGCGGCGAGACGGUCACAUACGGGCCCUCUCAGACCGGCCUGAGGCAGACCAAGGUUACCCUCGGCAACCUGCUCACCAGAGUCACCUAUGUCAUACAGAUUCAAGCGAUGAAUGACGUGUCUGCCCUCAGUCCCUUCCCACCCCAGUCUGCUACCAUCAACUUCACCACCAGCCAGUCAGUACCUUCUGAGGUUCCCGUGCUGCAUCAGCUCAGCAGUUCCUCAGACUCCAUCACCCUGUCCUGGCCUCAGCCGAACCGGCCCAACGGAGACAUCCUGGAAUAUCAGCUCCGCUACUAUGACAAGGGCUCUGAAGAGACCAGUGUAGUAAGCGUGUUCAGCGAGACCAACACCAUGACUGUGACCUCACUGAUCCCGGGCUCCAUCUACGCCUUCCAGAUCCGCGCACGCAACGAGAGAGGCUUCGGUCCUUACAGCCAUACUAUCUACUUCAGUACCAUGGCCAGGGAGGAGAAUUCGAGGCAGAUUCAGAACCGCCUGCCGCUAAUGGUUGGGUCAGUGAUGGGCGGAGCUGCGUUUCUAUUGGUGGUUGCAGCAGUUGUCGUGGUGUUUGUCUUCAGAAGCAAGAGAAGAGAGAGCCCAUACAGUGACAGACUUCAAAGAUAUAUUAGCAACCGAGCUGGGGCCAAGUAUUACGUAGACCCCUCCAUGUAUGAGGACCCAAGUGAGGCAGUAAAAGAAUUUGCCCGAGAAAUUGAGCCCACUCAACUGAAGAUUGAGGAAGUCAUCCGAGCUGCUCAGUUUGGUGAGGUGUCACGUGGACGAUACCGCCCCCUGGGCCGUAGAGAGAUGCUGGUAGCUGUGAAGACUCUGCGUUGGGGGGUGACCGACCAUGAGAGAGGAGUGUUCCUACGUGAGGCAGGUGUCCUGGGCCAGUUUGACCACCCCAACGUGCUGAAGCUUGAGGGUGUAAUCAUACACACGCCUCCUGAGCGGAUCAUUACUGAGUUGAUGGAGAAUGGCCCCCUGGAUGCCUUCCUCAGGGAAAAUGAGGAUCAGUUCAGCGUCCUGCAGUUGGUAGGAAUGCUGAGGGGUGUUGGAGCAGGGAUGCGCUACCUUUCCGAGCGGAAUUUCGUGCAUCGGGACCUAGCAGCCCGGAACGUUCUGGUGAACUCAAACCUUGUGUGCAAGGUCUCAGACUUUGGCCUGUCGAGGCUCAUGAAGGGCACGGACCACAACAUGCCUUCCUACACCGCAUCGCUGGGCAGUAAGAUCCCUGUAAGGUGGACAGCUCCUGAGGCCUUCCAGCAUCGCAAGUUCAGCUCAGCUAGUGAUGUCUGGAGCUUUGGGAUCCUCAUGUGGGAGGUGAUGUCAUACGGAGACCGGCCAUACUGGGACAUGAGCAAUCAGGAAGUAAUGAAGGCGGUAGUGGAGCAGUACCGGCUGCCUGCCCCGAGUGGUUGCCCCUCUGCUCUUCAUGCUCUGAUGCUGCAGUGCUGGCAGGGUGACAGGCAGGAUCGCCCGGGGUUCGACUCCCUCCUCUCCUCCCUGGAUCGCCUCAUACGACACCCUGCCUCUCUGAAAGCAGAGCUUGCUCGUCCCACCCAGCCCCUGCUAAGCCCCACCCAUACAGAUCUGUCAUCAGUGACAACGGUCCAUGAGUGGCUGAUAGCACUGAGAAUGGACCGCUACAGGGAUGAGUUUGACAGAGCACAGCUGCACAGUCUGGAGAGAGUGAGCUUGCUCACUAUGGAGGACAUGCGGGCUUUGGGCGUGAACCUGGUGGGUCAUCAGAGGAAGCUUGUGAACUCAGCACAGCAGCUCAGGACUCACCUCACUCAAGGACAGGUGGAGGUCUAGGAGACCCCGCCACCUGCCUCUGGUGUAGGAACACUACUGUGCACCCGAGACCUGCCCUGAGCUCAAGUCCGUCCACGCUGGAGCAGGAGUCCAGGAAAGCAGGGACAUGCGGAGGAUGAGGAGGCCAGCUGGGAUGAAGACCCAUCCAUUACUCUGUGCUCCUCCUCUCUCCCUUAUUUGUUCCUCCAUCACUACUUCCGCCACCUCACCCACCCACUACAAAUUAGCUAUGAGCUUGCUCCUUAGGAAACAAUAGGAGCUCCUGCCAUGUUCAAACGCAAAGACAAUCAGAGAUCUUUUAAAGGCCGGCAAUUGGCUGUUGUGUCUGCACUGGUAUUAUUUGAAAGUCAGUGACUGUAGUGGUAUGAUUUAUUGGUUAAUACCUGCUCUGAAAUGAUGCUGUCUCUGACCCAUAUAUUGCUGCUCUGCCAAUCAUUAUAUUAAUUUACAGUACUGUGCAAAAGCCACCAUUAGAUUUGUUAUUUUAGUAAUGGUAUAAUAACCAUAUUUAAUUAUUUAUCUCUUUUUUUAGAAUACAACCAGAAAAUACAGAAAAUGCGUAUGAAGUAUUUAAAAAAAAAAAAACAGAUAAAAAAUCUGAUAAAACAGCUUCUUUGGCUACAGUGGAAAGUGUUAAGUGUAACCUCCCCUUACACUUGAGCAGGAGCACAAACCUGACUCUCUUAAACCUAAAAGUAUUGGAACGUGAAUGGAAUGGUACCAGACGAUGACUUCAGAAAACUUCAGGACAGACUCCCCAAAAGAGUUCAAGAUGUGCUUAUUGUCAAGGGAGAUCACUGACUUUGCCUGUAGAAACCAUAUUGUUCAGAAUAUUUGUUUUUCUUUUCAUUUUGUGUACAUAUUUCUUGAAUUUUCUGUUAGUAUUUUAAUAAAGAGACAAGAAAUCUACUGGUGACCUAAAACUAUUGCACAGUUCUGUAGCUAGUUUAGCUCCGCCCAUUACUGUCAAUGUCCAAUCAGAAUGGUAAAUCAGUUUAUUUACCACACAGAGAGAGAAGUAAACUGAGGCCCCCAUGGCCUAUAAAGAUGAUAAUUUAACUACCCAAUAAAAUGUAAAUAACUGCCAUUCAAGUAGAAACCACUGAGUUAUCUCAGUUUAACCAACUUCUCCAUUCUGUUUCUGACAAGUCAAGAUAGCAACUAUUACUCAGUGCAUUAACGACUACAGUUGUUACAUUGCAUAAAACUGUAAUGUUAAUGCAGUAAUACGUUUUUAUGUUCAGAUCAAGAUGGAUGACUCUUUUUUUGCACACACUCAGUCCAGUGGAAUUUUACAUCAUCUUAUAUAUUCAUAAAGGUUCACAUACCUCACAAGGACAUAAGGAUCUGGUGUCGGCACAGAAAGCAGGAAAUGCCUGAACACUUUGCAAAAAAAGUGUGCAAAAAAAGGUUUGUUUGUUUUUUUACUUUGUACAGAAGACAACAAGGGUACAGGAGUGUUUUUUUUUUAUGUUUUAAAUGUUUAAAUACCUUUAGGCCAUACAGACAUUGUCAGCAACUGCAGGCUAAUCAGAGCAUAUGCGUUCAAAUUAGGAAGUGGCAGUUUUGCUCUUACAGAAAUAGGCUAUCUUCAGAGGGAAAUCUUCCACAUUCCAGUUAGGUCUGCAUUUGAUGAUACACACCUCAUCCAUAAUUAACUUUUUGAGGUCUGCAUAAUGGAUGUUAUAGUAUUUAAAAGAGAAUAUAUAAUGCAAUAUACAGAGAACUAUAAGUUAGUUACACAGUCCAUAUCAGCCUGAACUUCUCAGGAACAAGCACUCAAGAAAAAAUGAAGUCCCAAGAAAAGCUGAGUGGUGUCUUGGUAAGCACAAAAUAUGUAAUGCAGGGCCCUGUCCUACGUCAGGAUAUUAAAUCCCAAACUGUGUGGUAAACGUUUCUUUAGGGACCACAAACAAAUGCUAAAAACUAAAGAAACCUUCUGUACUUUAAAGAAUACUGUACUUGAACCAUUAGUGUCAGAAGCUGUUCCAUCAUACAACAGAACAUUAAGUUAAUGCAUGCCUGCAUAUGGUCUGACAGAGAACGUUAACCUGAUUCAUUGUCACUGACAGACGACAGACUGCUUCACCUGCCUUUAACACAGAGCUAAUUGCUUUGAUACAGCAGUAGAUAUAUGUAGAUAUGCCAGUAUACACAAAUUUAUAAGGGCAAACCUAGAAGUGCAGCUGAGAGUUUAAACAGGAACACUUUAUGCUUUUAUAUUAUUUUUAAUAAGGGUGAAACAAGGUAAAAUGUGAUGCUUCAGAUAAUUUCUACACCAUCCUGAUGUAUUAAUUUAAUGUAUUAGUACUGUUUAAUGCCUUUACUUUGAAAGUCAUCUAGAGGGGCGAUCAGAAGGGCAUGCUUUAUUAUGCAUAAUUAUUAAAUUCCCACCAAAUGCCUGCAUUCUGCUUCUGGAAGACCUUGAGAGCAAUUGUUACGUUUAAUGCCAUAACAAAAAGGGAAAAGGCUUCUGAGUAAGACUUGGGAGCAUAUUGUCCAGCUGUCUGUUCGCGUCCA